AUGGCUCAAGCCACUCCUUCCUUCCCUGGUCGCAACGUCUAUGCUUCCUCGAGUAAACUGCCCGACAGAACUGUACUUAAACCCGGGAGUGCAGCCGCCCAGCAAUAUUCACAGUCGUCCCUGGGAAGACGCCCCGAUCAGCCUUAUCAGUUCGGUCAGCCGUCGGCCACACAGCAGCAUGGAGGGUUGGGUGGAAGACCAAACAUGGAAAAGGAACCUAAUGCGCUCAGCGAACUGAGUGAGGAACAGAGGGAUGAAAUUAACGAAGCAUUCUCCUUGUUUGACCUCGAUCGCGAUCGCCACCUAGACUACCACGAACUUCGAGUUGCCAUGCGAUCGUUGGGAUUCACCAUUCCCAAACCUGAAGUCGCCCAAAUAAUGCAGGCCCACGGGGUACCAAAACCACAGUUUAAAAGAGGGCCUCCAGGAAGAGGUCAACAGACCUACCAUUCCAGUCAGCUUCUGAUACCACAAAACGCAUUCCAACGCAUCGCAGCACAGAGAGUGUUUGAGAGAGAUCCUGCCGACGAAGUGGAACGCGCCCUGUUACUCUUUGAUCCCGAUCAAAGGGGCUACAUCGAAGCCGAAGAUAUUCGGAGAGUUUCUCGCGAGCUGGGAGAAACAGGCCUUGAAGACGAUGAAAUUCAGGCAAUGAUUGAGGAAUUCGACUAUGAUGGAAGUGGCAGCGUUUCAAAGGAGGCCUUUUAUGCGAUCUGUCUGCAAUGA